CCUAGCUUUUAUAUAACCAAAAUGUCUCAUGAACAAGAAGACCAUGAAAAUGAUGCUUUCUUAUGGGAAAACCAAUCAUGGGUAAAUUUGUCCAAUGACACUUCAGACAAUUCCGGCGGCGAGAAGGCGGUUUCAUUACCGGAGGUGAGGGAGGAGAAGGAGAAGAAACGGGGCCGAGGCGCGUCGAAAAAGGGGAAGGGAGAGAAGGGAGAGAAGAAGGAAGGAGAAGAGACACCGGAUCAUGAGAUACAUAUAUGGACUGAGAGGGAGAGAAGGAAGAAAAUGAGAAAUAUGUUCUCAAAUCUUCACUCUUUGCUUCCUCAACUUCCUCCUAAGGCAGACAAAUCAACUAUUGUUGAUGAAGCAGUGAACUACAUAAAAACCCUACAAUCUACAUUCCAAAGGCUUCAAAAACAAAAGUUAGAGAGGCUUCAAGGAGGGCCAUCAACCAACUCCCUCCCUUUUGAGCCCUCCGUCGCCGUCGCCGCCACCUCGAGACUAGCUAUGCUAUCUACAAGGGAGACAUUCAUGGCUGACCAAGUUUCUUCGAUGAAUAAUAACAACAACAACAACAAUAACAACUCGAUAAAUAAUGCAAUGAGAACAAGUACUACGCUCUCAGCUUCGGCUUCUCACCUUCCGGUGAUGAUUCAAACUUGGACAUCUUCUAAUGUGGUGCUUAAUAUUUGUGGGAAUGAUGCACAAUUUGCAGUUUAUGCAUCAAAAAGACCUGGUCUCUUUACUACUAUUUGCUGUGUUCUUGAGAAGUAUAAAUUGGAGGUACUUUCGGCUCACAUUUCAUCGGAUGUUGAUCGAAGUGUUUACAUGAUUCAAGCUCAUCUAGCAAAUGGAGCUAAAGAUCAGUUUCCGGAAACGAUUACAGUGGAGGAGAUAUACAAGCAAGCAGCAGGAGAGAUACUGUUAUGGGUCUCAUCGUAAUUAACCAAAUAGUUGAAUACAACUAGAUGGUUUUAUAUGAGAUUCUUCUUCAAGAAAAGAAGAAUAAGACAUAUACAAGCUAAGCUAAGGUUUAAUUUAUUAGCUAAUGAUGAAUGCAUAUACUUCAUAGAAUGUCUACUAAGCAUCCAAAAAAGUUUGAUCUUCAUGAGAUGAGACCAUUAUUUACUUAGUUAUUGUAGCUGUGAAGUUGCAUGAAUAAUUUUGUUCCUGUCUUGAAAGUUGAAACAAUGCAACAUAUUGCUCUUCCAUCCAAGUGUA